UUCCCCUUCGCCCCGCGUCCCCAUCCCGGCCACACAGGGCCGGGAGGUCAGUAGGAAGCCUUCGGCUAGUGGCGAGAAAGGACCCGGGUUACGGGCAGGGGGCUCUGCGGGGAGUUGGAGAUGAGCAUUUAAAGGGGCACUGAGACCCCCUUACCACCUACUUCUCUACCCAGCCGCCGAGGACGGCGCUACCCACCCCAGUCGUACCAACGCUGCCUUGGGGUAGAAAAAGGAGUCUCCAGGCACAGCUUCUGACCUCCACGGGUAUCUCAGGCCUCUCAGGAGCUUAGUUUGCCCCUCUGGAAAGUGGAUCAGUGGCUUACGGAGGUGCGUGCCGGGGUGGACUCUGGAGGUCUGCUCACAUAGAGGCUUGUUCUUGCAGAGUUGCUCAAAAGUAGGGCCUCGGUGCUCAGAGCAGCUGGAAAUGGGUACCAAGAAUAAAAUUCCAGAACCGGAGUGCCAGGAACAGUUCCAGGCCGCGGUCAGAGUCAUUCAGAACCUGCCUAAGAACAGUGAUGGGUGGCUCUCCCCCCCACCUCCAUCCUCUUGGAGCUGGGGGUGAUACUCUGCCCUCCACUUCCCAACUUCCUGCCCAGGCUAUUACCGCCCCUCCUACGAAGAGAUGCUUCGAUUCUACAGCUACUACAAGCAGGCUACCAUGGGGCCCUGCCAGGUUCCCCGGCCUGGGUUCUGGGACCCCAUUGGACGAUAUAAGUGGGAUGCCUGGAACAGCCUGGGCAAGAUGAGCAGGGAGGAGGCCAUGUCCGCCUACAUCGCUGAGAUGAAGGUGGUGGCACAGAAGGUGAUUGACACAGUGCCACUGGGUGAGGUGGCGGACGACAUUUUUGGUUACUUUGAGCCCCUGUACCGGCUGAUCCCUGACAUGCCAAGGCCCCCAGAAACCUUCCUGAGAAGGGUCACAGGUUGGAAAGAGCAGGUACUGAAUGGAGAUGCCGGCGCUGCCCCAGAGCCUCCCCGCCUCCCCAAGGAACCAGCACCCCCAAGCCCAGAGUCUCCACCACCCAGGGACCUGGACUCUGAGGUUUUCUGUGAUUCUUUGGAGCAGCUGGAGCCUGAGCUGCAGGUCUGGGCAGAGCAGAAGGGCGCCCCUGGAGGAGAGCCCGACAACAGAGACAGCCCCGUGCCCCCAACAGAGAAAGAGGGGUUGAAAGGCAGCCUGCCUGGGCCCCAGGAAUUGGACACGUGGCUGGUGGGGACAGUGCGAGCACUGCAGGAGAGCAUGCGGGACGUCCAGGGGAGGCUGCAGAGCCUGGAGAGCAUGCCUGGCCCCGCGCAGCUGCUCUGUCUGUCCGUCCAGCCCAGGAGCACAUGCUGCAGCUGGUUCCUGUCCUUUCAAGACCCUUGUAGUCCAGACCAGUCCAUGUUCCUUGCUGUCGACUUGCUGAUGAGACUCAGCCAGUGGUCCUGUAGAGAUGUCCCAUUUUGGGGGGACUGCUUGCAUCCUGGUGGCUAGUUCACAUGACCAGGUUUCAUGAGAGGCGAGGUCCUUCACACUAGGGGAUGCAUAUCCGGAUGUACGCCCAUGAGGGAUUCUAGCGUGGACCACUCCCAUGGACGAGGGGCGACAGUCUCACCCCACCACUGUGAAGCCGUUUUGCUCUUGGAAGCGGAGCCAGGGAAGGUCUGGCUCCCUGUCCGGCCCGUGUAUCACACGGGCUUGGACAACACUUGAUAGGCAAUCAUUGUCUAAAUCAAUAAUUUAUUUAGUGGUUGCCAAGGGAAUUUACUUUUAAAUUCUUCUAUUCCUUUAAAAUUUAUUAGCUGUUAUUUUCGAGUAGUUGCCUUGAUCUAGGAGUUCCCUGAAAUACAGUGUCUUAUGAAAAAGCAGAAUAAGUGCUUAAUCCUCUUUAAUUCUCUUUUUAAAGUAAGGAGUUGCUUUAACAGCCUCAGUGGUGACAAAUCUCCAACCUGCCCCCUCUUUGGGUGUCAGUGCGGACUCACGGAUUUCACACUCAGUGUUUCGGGCAGCCGCAGCCACCCUUCUUUUCGGUGCUCAGAUUGUCACAGCUCUGGUCCGCGGAGACCCUUCGGGUUGGGGCCUGUCGUGACCUCACUCAUGCCUAAAAGUUUCCUUGCUUUCUGGCACAAGAUGUCCCACAUUCACCUCUGCCUUUCCUGCUCCAGCCCUGGAGCCAGCCACUUCUCCAAGGAGCCCUGGCUCCUUUGAGCAAAGAAUAUUUAGAGACUAAAAUCAGAGCACUCAGAUCCUCAUUUGACAUACGCGGCACAUCCAUUACAAUGCGGGGUCUCAGGCCGCACCAGCAGGGCCACUGCUGUGCGCCCAGAGGAAACAGCCAGGAAGUCGGCCCUUCCACCCGCCCGGCAGCCCCUCCCUCUUCCAGCCCUCUGGGCACCGGGACUGUCCUGGAAGGAGGACAGGGAGUGAGUGGAGCUAAUCUGUCAGGGACACACCAGGAACCCCGGGAUCCCUUCCCUUCUAGUGGUGCAGAUAUGGGGGUGGGGGCUUCUCCGACCCAGUCCUCACAAUCUUGAGGAAGUGGAAGCUCCCACUGAGUUCUGCAACCGGGAUCCUAAGGAGGGCCCAGUCGGUGCUGAGGCGUGGGCUGGCCCCUGACUCCCUCCCU